AUGAAUACUGUGGAGCUGCGCAAACGGAGGGUGCCGGCAAUCGCUGUCCGCAGCAGCUGGCGGCAGCAGCUGCAGCAACAAGAGCAGCAUCAGCAGCACACAAACCAGCAGCAGCAACAGCAGCAGCAACCGCAGCAACAGUGUAGAUUGGUUGCAGCAGCUGCUGACGCCUGUGUUGCUCCACCGCCGGUAUUUCAUACACAGGACUUGGAAAAGGAGAACAGCAACAACAGCAGCAGCAGCAGCAGCAGCAGCAACAGCAACGCACAUGGCGGCAGCGGCAGCAGCAGCAGCAGCAGCACACAAACCACGCAGAGCAGCAGCAGCAGCUGCUCCAACGCGCCGCGUCGUCUGCAUUUGCUUCACUCUAGGGCCAGAAGCAGCAACCCACCGUGCAGCAGCAGCAGGGGCUAUUGUGUAUCUUCGACUUUGAUUUGCAGCAGCAGCAACAGCAGCAGCAGAGAAGCAAGAAGCAGCAGCACUUCCUCUCUGUGUCGCAUUGACACAGCAGCUGCAGCAAAUGCCUCAGCGACAGCAGCAGCAGCUCGCCUCACUCGCAGCAGCAGCAGCCUCACCGCUACCCCGCGCCUCAUUGGCAGCAGCAGCAGCAGCAGCAGCGGCAGCGGCAGCAGCAACAAUACUCCAAACAGCAGCAGCAGCAGCUUGAGACUCUUGCUUCCGAAGCAGCGGCAGCAGCAGCACUCGCAGUGGUUCUUGCAGCAACGAGAGACGCACAAAAAAAGAAAAGAAGCACCGCUUAUCUGCAGCAGCAGCAGCAGCAGCAGCAGCAGCAACAGCAUCAGCAACACCACCAACAGCAGCAGCAGAAGAAGAAGAAACAGCAGCAGCGUCUGCAGAAGCACUGGCAGGGACACACAGGACGAACAGCAGCAGCAGCAGCAGCAGCAGCGGCAGCAGGAUGGGGCAGGCGCAGCAGCAGCUGCUGCUGCUGCAGCGACAGCCAGCAGCUCGCAGGAUGGUAUUAACGAGCCCUCAAACGCAGAAGCAGCAGCAGCACCAGAUGCUGCUGCUGCUGCUGCUGCUGCUGUUUGUGCGGCGUUGCCACCCUCAGCAGACAGUGCAGCAGGUGGAGCAGCAGCUGCCUCCGAAACAGCAGCAGCAGCAACGGGAACAGCAACAGCAGCAGCAAUAGUAACAACAACAGCAGCAGCAGCAACACCGACAGCAGCAAAUGAUGCAGGUAUAUUGGAGCAGCAAAUAUCUCUGUUGCAUCAACAUGCUGCUGGCAGCAGCAGCAACCAAGACAGCAGCAGCUGCAGCAGUAACUCCUGCAGCAGCAGCAGCAGCAGCAGCUGGCUUGAACAGCUGCGGGGUCGGCAGUGCCGGGGAGUGAGACGCACCACAUCGCUGCUGGCGCAGCAGCAGCAGCAACAGCAACAGCAACAACAGCAGCAGCAGCAGCAGGAAAAGCGACAGCCGAGGAUAAGCGAAGAUGCAAUUGCUGCUGUACCCACAAUGAGGAGGCGGACCUCUGAGGGUUCAGAUUUUUGUGAAGAUUUCUCCGCCUUCAUUUCUUCGCAUACUGCAGCAACAGCAACAGCAACAGCAACCGCAGGAGCAGCAGCAGCAGCAACAGCAGCAGACAGUACAGGUCUUGCAUCGCUGCGGUGGCUGGAGCAGCCACAUCGGCAGCAGAACGGCAGCAGCAGCAGCAGCAGCAAGCGAGCUCGUUCUGCCGCUGCACAGUUGUGCUGCCGCUUCCGCUGCGCCGUUGCUGCUGCUCGCAGCAGCGCAGCACUGGAGGCGCAGUGGCUGCUGCUGCUGCUGCAGCGCCAGCGGGAUACGGAAGAGGCAGCAGCUGCAGCAGUUCCCCGCAGCAGCAGCAGCAGCAGCAGCAGCAGCAGUCUUUCAAAGAAGUGUCACCCACUUAUAGACGGCAUUCCUUGGUCUGUCGCAGCGUUGCUGCUCCCCUCACCAGUUGCAGCAGCAGCAGCUGCUGCUGCUGCAGCUGCUGCUGGAAGCCCCUUGCAUAUGCAGCAGCAGCAGGGGCAGCAGCAGGGAUCGCAGGACUCCUUGCCUGACGAGUCUACUACUCUCUGCAGCAGCAGCAGCAGCAGCAAUUACAACUCAGGUUCUGCAGAAGCAGCAACAGGAAGCAGCAGAAACAAAUGCGGUUUGCUGCUGCCGCAGCAGCUCUUCAUUGGGCCUACAGAGGCAGGAGCUGUUGUUGUUGGCAGGCUGCUGCUGCCGCUGCCGCAGCAGCAGCAACACGAACAGCAGCAGCAGCAACAGAACGAACAGCAGCAGCAGCAACAACAGCGCGAGCAGCCGCAACUGCAUGAGCAGCCGCAGCAGCAGCAAAACGAGCAGCCGCCGCCGCAGCAGCAGAACGAACAGCAGCAGCAGCAGCAGAACGAGCAGCAGCAGCAGCAGCAGCAGCAGCAGCAGCAGCACGUAGAGUGUAGCGAUGUGCGUCUGGUUAUUGGAGAGGAGCUGUGGAAGCUGCUGCUGCCUUUCUUUACUGAGCAGCAGCAGCAAGAGCAGCAGCAAGAGCAGCAGCCAGAGCAGCAGCAACCGAAGCAGCAGCUACCGCCGUUGCUUGUUAUUAGGCCUCAGCUGCUGCUGCUGCCGCAUCGGCAGCAGCAGCUGCUGCUGCACGAUGGGGUAUUCAGCAUUGUAUAA